AUGGAGACGGCCUCCCGGCUGUCCCUGCUGCAGCGCCACCGGGCGGCGCGGGAGCAGCUGGUGAGCGCGGCCCAGGAGCCCUCGCCGUCGGGCAGAGGCGGAGGAGGCGCGGGCGGAGCGGCGGCGUCGGCGCCGGGCAGUGCGGCGGCGCGGCAUUUCUGCGCGGCCAGGGUGGAGAGGACAGUCAGCGCGGGCCGGAAGCGGCCGCUCUCCGCGCUCCCCCGGGCCGGCGGCGCCUGCGCCGCCGGCAGCCGCUCGGUGGUUGGUGUGCGACCAGCCAGCGCCAGCGGUGUGCGGGAGCGCUUUGCCGAGGUGCCCGAAAGGAAGACAGCAGGUGAGCCGACUACAAGCCCGGAGCGUGAUCUGCCGAGCCAGGGCCCGGACCUGCUGGCGUUUGGCAAGUUCGGUCCGGCACCGCCGUUGCCACCACUGCCGUCCGGUGGCCUCCAGGACAGCGCUCCCCAAAGCGGUGGCCAGGAGACCGAUGAGGAUUUCACCCCGGAGGAGCGGCAGUUGGAGCAGGAGUCGGAGGAGGCGCUGAACCAGCUGGAAGCCCUGGAUGCAGCAGUGGAGGCCUUGCGCCUAAAGCUAGAGGUGGCCAAGGAGGACGUGGAGUCCUCCUCCACAGAGCUGCGGCAGCUCCGAGCCGCCAAGCAGAGCUGGGCGCAGGCUGCGGAGGAGAGCCGUAAGGAGCUGGCAGAUCGGGAGCACCGCCUGCAGGAGUUGCUGGCUGUGCUACCGGCAGAGGAGCCUGAAAAGGAGUUGGAGGCUCGAGCAGUCGAGAGGCUUCGCGUGCUGCAGAAGCAGACCGACCGGCUACAAGAGCAGGUGCGGUCUCAGCAGCAGCUGCUGAGCCAACGCUGCGAGGAGCGCCAAGUCUUGGAAGUACAGGUGGAGGGCCUCGCCAAAGAGCGGGACGAGCAGAAGUCGCUGCAGCAGAAGGCGCGAAGCAGCUGGCGUGCGGCUGAGGCGCAGCUGAAGGCGAAGGAGGAGGCGUUGGCGGCCUGGACGCAGCGCCGCCACGACUUGGAGAAGGCCCAGCUGCGGAUGCGCGCGGAGGUGCGGGGCCUCAAGGCCCGCCUGGCGGCUGCAGAGGCACGCGUCAAGUGCUUGGCGUGGGGAACCCACUAG